GCAGAUUGUUUUGACAGUACAAUAUUAUGUAUCUUAUGCUUGUUUGUUUUGGUAAAGUUUUUAGUUUUUGCCAUGUACGAGGAAGAAAAAUCCGAUUCUUCGACUUCUGAGUCGGAGGUUAGUGCUUGUAGUUCAAAUUUCAAUCCAUUGAAAGUGUUGUACUCACAAAAGACUAAAGUUCCGGUGAAGAAUGCGCCAUUGUAUGAGAAUAUUCAACAAUUUGAAUCAGCUUUAAAAAAUCAAGAGAUAUUACCUGUCGGAGAAGGCGAAGCUGUCAAGAAAAGGGAAGAUGAAAAACAAAAGAAAAGACAAGAGGAGGAGGAACGUAUAGAAAAGAAGAAUAAAGCGCGUUUCGCUCAGUAUCAAGACACAUUGCCCCAGAGGAAGGAGAAGGUCCAGAGGAAUGUGCUGACGAGGAUUGACGGCAUGAUUGGUCCCCUCGGCACACUCAAAGACUGCGUAGACCACAGGUUGAGAAUAAAGGUGACGACCCGGCACGAUAGAGGCGUACGGGGAGUGUUGCACGCGACGCUGGUGGCGUUCGAUAAGCAGUGGAAUCUGGCGCUCACCGAUGUGCUCGAGAUUUGGACACGCAAGACUGUCAAGAAGAGGAAGAUACCCCCAGCGAUGGGUACUCCCGUACCAAAAGGUACAGCAGCGGGCAUAUCCCCAGUGCCAGUGGUGACUGAGACGCCCCUAGGCAAAGGUAUCGUGGAGUGCACCAGGCACCUGCCACAGCUGAUGGUCAGGGGAGAACAUGUGGUGUUGAUCAACAUCGUCGAGCGUUGACCGUUGUGUUGUGAACAAAAUGGGACUUUCAUUGUAUAGAGAUAUGGUCGCUAAUAGCUAGUGAAUAUGAAUAUUUUUUCGCUUUUAAUAUGUUAACGCUUUUAAUAGCAUUUUCUUGUUUUUUUUUUUUUAUAUACAACGUUAUAUUUAGGCAUAUAGCAAGUGAUUAUAAUAAACCUAACAUGUACACAAGCCUUGAAAAAUGGUUAAUGGACUUUUUGUUAUCUUACAAAUAAACGUUAUUAUUAUUAUAACACUCUCUUACUUACAUGGAAUAUUAUUGGAGAGUGCAAAAAAUACCGAUUAGGCUAGUAAUUGUUAAAAAUGCUUACCAAUAAGGGCCUUUAUUACAGAGAUUUAAGAGCAAUUUUGUAUUAGAGUACGAAUGUUGUAUCCUCACAUUAAUAGUUUAUUAUUGAUACGUCAUACUUUAUGUAUUAUAUUAUCAUGAAAAUA